GUGAGAGGUAUGGCUGACGCACUCGGCCGGAGCGGUCUAAGGAAGCUCCAUUUGUGUGUUCGAGACGAGGUUGGUCCAACUCCUGCGUGACGCGGCCGAGAGGGUCCCGCGCUGCCCUGGUGCGGUGCCGGACCGAUGCACUCGACAGGUGGCGCCGUUGCCGGGGAUAACGGAAAGCCUACCGUUGUCCCUGAUGGAACGACAUCUGGGUAUGGGAAGUGGAUGAGAAAAGGCAUAAGGGAAGGACUAGAAAACGUAUUGGCACAGCUGGGGUAUGCGACAAAGCCGGGGGUGCAAAGGAGGGUAGUAACGGUUGUCCAAGUGAAAGGAACGGAGCCGGUGAUAGAGGAGGCUGUUCAGGAGGAGCUCUGGGAAGAGGAAGAGCCGGUGCCGCAGCGCCUGAUGAAGGCCCAACGCAAAGUGUGUAACUUGGCGCAGGGCGGACAGGGAUCAGGAAAAGCGCAGGCGCCUCAGGCCUUGACGACAACCCCUUUAAAUGUUGCGGCUCCAUCAUCUAGUACGGGUCUCUCGCAAGGAGGGGCGCCCUCCUAUGGACAGUGGCCCUGGCCGGUGAUCAAUGCCAUUGUGCCAUGGGGAAGCUCGCUGCCAGUAGCCGGACUGCAAGCGAGUAUGCCGCCACCCAUCUACCCCGCAGCCCAGGCCCAGCCUGUGGCCCCGCCGCCAUCACCCACUCCCAGUUCACAGGGAAGCGUGGUUGGAGGUGGGAACCAGGGCAAGGCAAUUAAGGCAAUGGAGGGAGGGGUGGAGGAAGGGGGCGAAGCCGGAAUGGCAGCGGAAGAGGAAGGCAAUGGAAUGGUCAAGGCCAGGGGUACCAAGGCCAGGGGAAUCAAGGCCAGGGGUACCAAGGCCAGGGGUACCAAGGCCAAGGGAAUCAAGGCCAGGGAUACCAGGGCCAGGGGUACCAAGGCCAAGGGAAUCAAGGCCAGGGGUACCAAGGCCAGGGGUAUCAAGGCCAGGGGGAUCAAGGAAGUUAGGGGACCAUGUCGUAUCAACGAAGGGAAUGAAGGGGAGUUGAUUAUAGGGGAGCCCGACUUCCUACUGCCUCAGGAGCGAGCAUUGAUGGUGGAGUUGAUGAAGAGGAGGCAUCGCGCCUAUGCGUUUAGCGACGAGGAACGUGGCAGGCUGGAUGUGGAUAAGAUACGUAUGAUUCGCAUCCACACCGUGCCACACGAGCCUUGGAAUAUGAGAGGGGCGCGGUAUCCUAAUCCUGAUGAGGAAAAGAAGGUGGUGGAUUACCUCGACGGCAAGAUACGUACGCACGUCGCUGACUAUUCGAGUGGACCGUAUGCGUCCCCAUGGUUCUGCUUCAUCAAGCCUAAAGGGACGCUGCGGUGGGUGCGAGAUUUGCAGAGGCUGAAUGCGGUGACCGUGCGGGAUGCUGGAGGAUUGCCCAAUGCAGACGCGCUGUCAGAAUCCUGUGUUGGAAGGCCUAUAAUCUCACUUAUAGACCUUUACUCAGGAUAUGAUCAGUUCCCAGUCUACCUGCCGGACAGGCCUGUGACGGCUAUGCACACGCCGCGAGGGCUAAUCCACAUGAACGUGGCCCCACAAGGAUGGACCAAUGCGGUAGCAAUGGUCCAACGGGCCAUGAUUCGGGCUAUGCAAUCAGUCAGCCCCCAUAUCACACAGCCAUACAUCGAUGAUUUGGCGGUGAAGGGGCCGGCGGUGAAAGAAAGCGACGAAGUCUCGCCAGGGGUAAGACGUUUUGUUUGGAAGCACAUUCAGGACCUCGAAAAAGUCCUGAGCCUGCUCGAGGAGCAUAACCUCACGGCAAGCGGGGCCAAAUCCAGACACUGCAUGAGGGAAGCGACUAUCUUGGGGUUCGUCUGCAGCGAGAAGGGCCGAAGGCCGGACGUGAAGAAGACGGACAAGAUUACUGAGUGGCCGGUUCCAUUCCACUCAAUAACUGAUGUCAGGAGCUUCCUUGGAGGGCAUCGAGGGGUACAAGCCACGUAUGCCAAGAUAAGUGAGUUGUACUACUGGGAUGGGAUGAUGGACAUGGUCGGAAAAUUUUGUCGAUCAUGCGUACCCUGUUUGGAGAGAUCUCGUUUGAGGCAAGGAGAGCCGCUGCAUCCAAGGCUAGAGCGAGAGGUGAGGGUUGUAGUGCAUCUCGAUCUUCUCUUUAUGCCGCUUGGGGAUCAGGGCUAUAACUAUAUCUUCGAUGCGCACGAUAACCUGUCCAACUUUGUAGACGGGCGUGCUAUUCGCAGAAAGACCGGGUCAGUCUUGGUGAGCUGCAUCGAGGAGUAUUACCUGCGCUAUCCUUUCGUCAGGGAAUUCGUAAUGGACAGAGGAUCGGAGUUUACCUGCCAGGAGGUGCAAGAGUUGUUAUCAAGGUCUGACUUUACGAAGACAGCCAUGCGAAGAGGAGGGAAGGGGACACGACCGCCUCGGAGGCCGUUGGGAGCAUCAGGAGGAUAUGAGCGGCAUGGGCCUCGCCAUCGAGAGAGUACUCCGGUCUACAAUGAUGGGGACAUCGAGCUAUUCCUGGAUAGUUUCUGGGAGCAUGCGAGGCGUAUGGGCUGGACCGUGGCCCAGGCAAUCGAGAGACUGAGGGGAGCAGGCAGGUUCGAGGAGCCCAUUGCCAGGAUUCAUAGGGAGGCGACGACGAGGCAGGAGGUGGAGACGAGGAUGGAGGAGUUGCGACCCUCGUCUGUGGGACCAGAUGGCAGGCCGAUCCGUCUAGAGAUCGGAAAUGUUAUCCCUGCCUUCGAGUGGUUCAUGCAGGGGCAGGGUAUACCGAGAGAUGAGUGGGCGAGGACGUUACCCCUCUGGACCAGAAAGGCGGAGAGGGCACUGGCUAAGCAGGUCAGAGACAUGGUCCGAGACAGGGAGAGCUGCAGGGCACAUCUGAGAGAGGCCUUUCGACGAUCAGAGCCCCCUCAGCCCAGAGUCGAGAGGCGUCAGAGGAGUCAGAGGCAGAGGGACCCUGAGCCCAGGGAGGCGAGACCGUCUCGAGAAGGACAGAAGGCCCUAACCAUGCCUAUUGAGGGAGGGCUGGUAAAUGUCUUCGGACCCUUGCGUAUCGCGCAGUGGGCCAGUGAUUGUUUUGCGACGCCCCCGUCUAACCACUGGUGCUAAUUCUGAGACAUAUUGAAGAAAGGCCAAGCUAACGGAAAAGAAGUUAGUACAUCUAGGGCAUAA